AUGCCAGACCAGAAGACGCCCCUCGAGCCGCCGCCGGCCUACGAUGCCGACUCGGAACACACGCCGCUCGUCGCCGGCGCACCCGCCCCUGUCCGCCAGCAGAUUGCCCGCGCCCCUCUACCGCUUGAGCUUCCCGCACUGCAGGCCCUUCGUGGCAAGAGAGUGAUCCUAGCCUCGGCCUCGCCACGACGAAAGCAGCUUCUCAAUCAGAUCGGUCUGCGGGACUUGGAAAUCAUUCCUUGCACGGCUCCCGAAGACUUCAGCAAAACACUUGCUCCUUUCGAAUACGUCCUACAAACAGCCGAGCAGAAAUGCACCCUUAUAUAUCGUCAAGAGAUUGAUUCCGAGAAGGGCGAGCCUGCGCUAGUCAUUGCUGCCGACACGGUCGUUGUGAGCCCAAUGGGCGACAUUCUGGAGAAGCCAAGAAGCGAGAGGGAGCACAUUUCAGUCCUCAAGGCUUUGAGGAACAGCGGCUGGCACAAGGUCUACACAGCUGUCGUGUGUAUGGCUCCUUUGGAAAGUGCCAUGGACCCUGGUUAUGCUAUCAAGAGAACCGUUGAGGAGACCAACGUCAAGUUCGACCAAGCAGGUACUGCCGCCUUCCUUACUAUUCAUCCCCACAGUACUAACCACGNNUCCACAGUAUCCGACGAACUCAUUCUCGCAUACGUCAAGACUCGCGAAGGUGCCGACAAGGCAGGCGGCUACGGUAUUCAGGGCAUGGGCGCCAUCCUUGUUGAGAAGAUUGAUGGUUCAUACGACAAUGUCGUCGGUUUACCGCUCAAUGCCACCAUGAAGCUUAUGGGCCAAGUCUUGAACCCCGAUCUUCAGGCUGAAGAAGAUGAAGAAGAAGAAGAGUGA